GCCAGAGAGCCCAACCGGCAGUUUUCAGAAGUCAAUAUGUGACUGAUAUUUGAAUCACUGUUUCGAAUGUACCUUUUAAGUUUUCACUUUACAUCAGCAGCUGUUCUGACAAAGAAAACAUUAACUACAGCCUGAGGCAGGUUUUUUUUUUCUGUGGCCAAAAGUCCAUUGACCUUCUUUCAGUGUAAAGUUUUGUCCGAAGGUCAGUACGCGCUGCAACGAAAGAGGGUCUGCGCGUGAAUAUGGACGUCUCUGCUGUAAAUGCUCUUCCCUACGAGGAUUUUGUGAAUAUUUUCGGUAACGUUGUGGAGAGAUGUCCCAUAAUAACAGCUGCUGUGUGGUCGAAACGUCCGUUUUUACAUUUGUCUGCUUUAGAGACCGCUAUCAGUGAGUUCAUUGAUGCUUUACCAGAAUCAGGUAAGGAGGGGAUCCUCAGGUGUCACCCGGACCUCGCGGGCAGGGACCUCCAGGGCGGCACCCUGACCCGGGAGUCCCUCUUGGAGCAGGCAGGAGCCGGUAUGGAUGCUCUGAACUCCGCGGAGGCCUCGCGCAUGGCCCGGCUCAACGAGGAGUACAAGCAGCGCUUCGGGUUCCCCUUCGUCAUCUGCGCGCGGAUGACUGACAAGACCAACAUCUUACGUCAGCUGUCCGAGCGAUGCCAGAACGAGCGCGCGACGGAGAGGGCGCGCGGCAUCGCGGAGGUGAAGAAGAUAUGUCACCUGCGUUUACAGGCGCUCGUGCUCUCUGACGCGCCCAACAAGUUAUGAACCUGGAUAUAAUGAUGCACUUCUACCAGUUAGUUAGUCACCUGUUAGGAAAGAGUUCCAUUGUUGUAAGGGCAAUUUUAUAAUGUGUUUUAUUUAUCUGAUGGACCUUACAAUUAAAUUGUUGAACAAUAAAACAUCUGUAUAAUUGAUUCU